AAGGACAGUAUGGCGUAUCCUCUUUCUCAUUCCGAAUCCGAAUUCGAAAUUCAUUAUCUCUCUUACUAUCUCUCUCUCACACAAAUUAACAAACAAACAUUGAAAAUCAAAGCCUAUUAAUAACUAGCCUAGCCCACUGCUUUCUCCCAUGCACUUGUCCUCUUCAACUUCCAACACCCACAUUCUCUCAACCAAGCUUUCUCUCAUGGCUCCCCUUAUCCCUCUGUCGUCCCUCACCUGCUGAUCAGUACUAUAACCACUUCCUUUCCCUCUUAAAUUAUAUAUAAAUAUUCCUCCCCUCCUCUUCCCCCAUACCCAUCUUUCUCAGAGAUAACUUUUCAUUCUUCUCUGACAACCCCCAUUUCUUCCUCCAUAUCCCUCUCUCACUUCUUUACUACAACAAUAUAAAUUAUCUUCAACUUUAUACAAAUUAUUCAGAGCUAGUAACUAGCAACAGCGAAUAUUUCUGACACGACGCACAGGCAAACAGAGGUUAUUCUUAAUUAACAAUGCCUAGCAGAAGAUCCCGUUCUAGACAAUCCGGUGGUUCAUCUGAGAUCUCUGAUGCUCAAAUCACCGAUCUCAUCUCCAAGUUACAACAACUUAUCCCUGAGCUUCGUGCAAGACGCUCCGACAAGGUUUCGGCUGCGAAGGUAUUGCAGGAGACUUGCAACUAUAUAAAGAACUUGCAUAGGGAGGUUGAUGAUUUGAGUGACCGGUUAUCGGAGCUUUUGGCGACCACAGACUCCAACAGUGCUCAAGCAGCCAUUAUUAGGAGCUUACUCAUGUAAUACUAGUCUAGCUAGUGCAUUUACUUGUCGUGUGCAUGUCCAUUUCUCACUUCUAUUAUGAUCAUUCUCUUACGUACCGGGUAGGUUAAUUAAUUUGGUUUGUAGACCAAGGGAAAAGGGCUACCUAGCUUGUUAGUCCUUAAUUAAUUAGCUUAAUUUUAUGUGACACUUUGUAGUAGUGAUGAUUAUCAUCAUAUCCUCAUCAUCAUCAUCAGCUUAUAUAUAUAGCUCUAAAUAAAAUGGACGACGUCUUUAUGAGUUCUCA